AAAUCUGCCAAAUGCCAACGCAUCUUCCAAAUAUCACCCAUUUCUAAAAAGUACGAUGCUACUAGUGACUUACUGACUUUAAUAGCCACUUUUAGUUGUUAUGGAGUAGAUAAAUAGAUUGAAUUGCCUACUACAUCGUUCUCUGUUUCCCUCAAACUCAUUCAAAAUGGUUCAAGGGGUUAGCACCAACAAAUCAGUCCGAUUUUCUUCUGGUUUGAUUUUUGUGUUGGUGUUUGUGGGUUUCUUGGCAUGGGCUUAUCAGGCCAUUCGCCCUCCUCCACCGAAAAUCUGUGGAUCUCCCGGAGGCCCUCCGAUAACAGCUCCAAGAAUCAAGCUAAGAGAUGGAAGGCAUUUGGCCUACAAAGAAUACGGUGUCCCUAGAGAUGAAGCAAAGCAUAAGUUCAUAUUUGUCCAUGGAUUUGAUUCCUGCAGACAUCAUGCUGCAGUUGCCACAGAACUCUCUCCUGAUCUAUUUGAGAGUUUAAGCAUAUACAUAGUGUCAUUUGACAGACCGGGGUAUGGAGAGAGCGAUCCACACCCAAAAAGAACAGUAAAAAGCACUAUUUUUGAUAUUGAAGAGCUUGCAGAUCAACUGAAUCUUGGACCGAAGUUUUAUGUCAUUGGCUACUCCAUGGGUGGACAGUUAAUCUGGGGCUGCCUAAAAUAUAUUCCACACAGGCUAGCAGGAGCAACAUUUUUAUCGCCCGUUUUCCAAUUUUGGUGGACUAGCUUACCUGCUAACAUCACUAAAGAGCUCUCAGGCAGAGCAAGUAUAUGGGAUGUGCUGUCAGGAACUGUGCCAUACUAUCUUCCUUGGCUAACAUAUUGGUGGCAGACUCAAAAGAUUUUCCCAACUUCAAGUGUUAUCGCUCACAGCGAUCAUCUCUUUUCUGUACAAGACCGAGAACUCAUUUCUAAAUUCGAGAGGAAGGACUACAAGGAUCAAGUAAGACAGCAAGGGGAAUACGAAUCCAUCCACCAAGACAUGAACGUAGCGUUUGGAAAAUGGGAAUUUGAUCCAAUGGAGCUUGCAAAUCCAUUUCCUAACGGCGAGGGUAAGGUUCAUCUAUGGCAAGGUGAUGAUGACAGACUCGUGCCUGUUGUGAUGCAGCGUUACACAGCUCAAAGACUUCCUUGGAUUAACUAUCAUGAGAUACCAGAUGGCCCUCCUGUUACAGCACCAAGAAUUAGAUUAAAUGAUGGAAGGCAUUUGGCCUACAAAGAACAUGGUGUGCCAAAAGAUAAAGCACAGCAUAAAUUUGUCUAUAUUCAUGGUUUUGACUCCUGUCGGAAUCAUGCUGUAGUUGCCAACUUUCUUUCUCCGGAAACAGUUGAAAGUUUAGGAACAUAUAUUGUGGCAAUUGACAGACCAGGAUAUGGAGAAAGUGAUCCAAAUCCAAACUGGACAGUAAAGAGUAUUGCAUUGGAUGUAGAAGAGCUUGCUGAUAAGUUGGAACUUGGAGACAAGUUUUAUGUGAUUGGAUUUUCUAUGGGUGGGCAAGCAGUGUGGAGCUGCCUCAAGUAUAUUCCAAAUAGGCUAGCAGGAGCAACAUUAAUAGCUCCCGUUGUCAACUACUGGUGGUCUGGUUUGCCUGCUAAUCUUUCUGCUGAGGCCUUCAACAAACAGCUUCAACGAGAUAGAUGGGCAUUGCGUGUUUCACACUAUGCACCAUGGCUAUCUUAUUGGUGGAAUACACAAAAAUUAUUUCCUAUUUUGAGUGUGAUUGAUCAUCUUCCAGAAAUCUUCUCACGUCAAGACAAAAAACUUGUUGCACAAUUUGCAGGAAUGGAAGAUUCGUCUCCCGUAAGACAGCAAGGAGAAUAUCAAUCCAUCCACCGAGACUUGGCUGUGGGGUUCGGCAAAUGGGAAUUUGACCCUACUGAACUGACAAAUCCAUUCCCUAACAAUGAGGGGAGUGUUCACCUCUGGCAAGGAGAUGAAGAUAUACUCGUGCCUGUCACGUUGCAGCGUUAUAUAGUUGAAAAGCUCCCUUGGAUUCAUUACCAUGAAAUUCCGGGUGCUGGACACAUGUUCCCUUACGCCAAAGGCAUGAGUGAUACCAUUAUUAAGACACAACUUUCUGUUGAGAAUUAGCACAGUUGACACAGAUACACCAUAUACUGCAGGUGAGCUAUUUAACCUGAUACACCAUUAUAGUUUUCCAUAGCUAUUUAUGUACCGGCUUUGUUUUAAUUUAACCAUUGUAAUCGUUAAUGGCGGUGCAAGGGAUGUAGUCCAUACUAGAGACCUAAACAUAAAUCAUAAAACUCAAUAUUUUUUUUCUAAACAGUCCUAGAUUUAUCAUUUUGCUUCUUUUUCAUUGUUUAUUUUGUACGUUGUGGUUGUUACUUGUUAGGUAUAUAUGUCUUGUAGUACUCUUUAUAAUACAUGGUCUCACCCAUGAUGAAAAUAAUAUCUUGAUUUUGGAGUGAUACUUCACUUUAUUGA